AGAAGAAGAUUCAACUUUUAUUGUUUUCUAUUUAUGGAAGAAGAACCGAAACCAGAGAUCUGGAACAAAGAGAAUAAAAAAUGAUGAAAAAAUGUUCAAAAUGGGUUUCUUCAGAUCUUCAUUGGAAGCUUUUACUCUUGAUUCUUCCUCUACUUUCUCUCCUUUUUUACCUUUCUCUUUCCUCCAUUUCCGCCAUAGCCAGUAACACUUUUUCCACUUUUGCCCCUCUCAACUCUUUUUUCAACAAUAACGCCCCUGUUCCUCCGCAUCCGCCGGUUUUUACGAAUCAAACCGGCUUAGAUCGGUCUGAGCCUCUGUUUCCGCCGGUUUUUUUGAAUCGAUCGGUAACGAAGGAGGAGUUGAACCGGUCUAGAAUUGCUGUGUGUAUAGUGGGUGGGGCUCGUAGGUUUGAACUAACUGGGCCUUCUAUAAUACAGAAAAUUCUGAAAGAGUAUCCGAAUUCUGAUCUGUACCUUCAUAGUCCGUUGGAUUCUAAUGCCUACAAGCUUUCCUUGUUAAAAAAUGCUCCUCGAAUCUCCGCCAUUAAAAUUUUCAAGCCUAAAACCAUUAAAGAGACUGAGUUUCAGGUCCGAGUUCUCAGUGCUCGUGGCUCACCUAAUGGUAUUCAGGGCCUCCUGCAAUAUUUCAACCUGGUUGAGGGUUGCUUGACGAUGAUUCAAGCCUACCAGCACAAGAACAACUUCACUUAUGAUUGGAUAAUCCGUACCCGAGUUGAUGGAUACUGGAACUCUCCACUAUCACCCGAGGACUUCAUUCCCGGUGCCUAUUUAGUCCCUUCUGGUUCAUCCUACGGUGGCUUAAAUGAUCGCUUUGGCCUUGGUGACUACAACACUUCUGUAGUUGCUCUUUCACGGCUCUCCUUGAUUCCUGAGUUGGAUGCAGCCAGAUACCAUCUCCUCAACUCCGAGGGUGCAUUCAAGGCCCAACUGACUAUCCACAGAGUUCCCUACAUCUCUAAGCGCCUCCCAUUUUGUGUUGUAUCAGAUCGUAGCUAUGAUUUUCCACCACCCCGUUUUGGUGUUCCAGUAGCAGCACUUUCUAGUCCAGGCCCAUUAAGUGGUGCCAAGUGCCGGCCUUGCACACCUCCGUGCACUCACCACUGCGUUGGCCUCAUGAUGAACAAACUGUACAGAGGAUGGAGCUGGACCGACUGGGCCAAUAGCACCCUUCAGCUCUGUGAUGCCCAUGCUGAGUGGGAGAGUGGUUGGCAGAAAAUAUUCGACCAAGUGGCCGGUAAUAAACUAGCUGCAGCGAGACAACGAGUUGAAAAUCUAAAAAUGGAGCAGUGUGUGAAAGAUUUCGCGGAAUUAAUGAAAAAAACUGCUUAUUGGGAGGCUCCUCCAGUGUCUCAAAUUUGUCGAUUGGGUUUAUCAGUGCCCGUCUAACCUCGAAACAAAUAGCCAAACCCAUUAUAGUAUAGGUAAACUAUGUAUAGUUUUCUUGCCUCCCACGCAGUUUUUUCUACGUAUG